UGUCUGGUUUUUAUCUCUUUCUCUGGUUCGAGAUCUUCGCAUACUGAUUUUCUCCAUUUAGGAAAAAGCUCACUACUGUCUCUAAUGGCUGUUUCUUCUCGUAUAACCCUUUAUGUUUUAUUCUUUCUUGUCUUCUUAGCACAGAACAUUGUUUCUCAACGUCCAUCGGCUUUAAGCUCCGACGAGCAGGAAUCGGUCUACGAAGUACUUGAGGCGAUUAACUCCGCGGUUCAGUGGCGAUACGUCUUCCCCGAAGACCUCUGCAGCUCGGCUCCACAUGGCGUCGUCUGCGAAUAUUUCACCGACGAAAACGGUAAUGAAACAGCGCACAUUACAGAGCUCAGCUUUGGUUACGUCUCGGAUUACUCUUCUAACCCUCCUUGUAGUUCUAAUUCCACGUUUAGCCCUCGGCUCGCUUCCUUCACCCACCUUCGCAAGCUAUUCUUCUACAAGUGCUUCACUGAAAUGCAGGUUUCGCUUCCUGGGUUUCUAGCGAACUUGAGUUCUAGCUUGGAAGAACUCGUGUUAAUCGAGAACCCAUCUCUGGUCGGGGCUCUCGGUGGCAUACUCGGCAACUUCACCCGGCUGAAGAAGUUAGUUCUGACUGGAAGCAACGUUUCUGGGGAAAUUCCGGAUGAGAUUGGGGACUUGCUCGAUCUCGAACAGAUUACAAUCACAAGAAACCGCCUAAACGGUAGAGUUCCGCGGAGUAUAAGGAAAUUGCAAAAACUGAGAGUGCUCGACCUCAGCUACAAUGGGUUUGAAGGGAACCUCCCGGAUUCAAUCGGGAAGUUGACAGAGCUUCUGAAACUUGAUCUGGGUUCGAAUUUCUUCGGUGGGAGAAUCCCAGAAUCUCUUGUGGGUUUGUAUAAACUAGAGUUCUUAGACCUGAGUUACAACCGUUUCGGUAACUUCGGGGUUCCGCUAUUUUUAGCAGAAAUGCCCUGCUUGAGAGAGGUGUACUUGAGUGGCAACCAACUGGGAGGGCAGAUCCCGGAAAUAUGGGAGAAGCUCGGGGGUAUUAUGGGGCUAGGACUAUCAGAGAUGGGACUGGUUGGUGAAAUUCCUGCUUCAAUGGGGGUAUUCUUGAGAAACAUCUGUUACCUAGGGCUUGCCAACAACAAACUUGAAGGGACGGUGCCGGAGGAGUUCGCAUUGUUGGAGUUUGUGAACGAGUUGAGUUUGGAGAACAAUCAGCUGAGUGGGAGACUUCCAUUCUCAGCCAAAUUUUCGGCUAAAAUUGGAGGAAAGCUUAAAUUAGCAGGAAACCCUAAUCUUUGUGUUGAUGAUAAAAAUAGCAGUGGUUUUGAGAACUUGAAGCUGAAGGUGUGCAACGACAACAAGCCCACCAUUCCCAACCCUGCCCUCUUCUCAGGGUGCUCCUCGUUGAGGCUCUCUUCAUAUUUUUUGAGGUUGUUAGGGGUAGUGUUUGUCUUAUUCCUCUAAGAGGACGUACGAGACGCUGAAAUGUCAUAGAAAUUUGUUAAUAUCUGCUUUUCUCCAUCACAUAUAUAUGUGUUUAAGAUGAAAAUAUGAUUUUAUUCGGUUCAGUUGAAUUUCAAUGUGGAAUUAUCAAU